GUCUUCCACGUCGCCGCUGUCGCUCGCCUACCCUAGUAAUCAAGCUAACCGAACAGUUGGGGGUAGCUGAGGCAACUGCAAAGCCGACCGGAAAGAGAGAGAUGGCCAUGGACGCUGCGGCGGAGGUGGACCACCUCGCCGCCGAGAGGGCCGCCGCGCGCUUCGACGUCGAGGAGAUGAAGGUCGCAUGGGCCGGCUCACGACACGCAGUCGACGUCGCCGACCGCAUGGCACGCCUCGUCGCAUCCGACCCUGUCUUCCGCAAGGAUAACAGGACCAUGCUCUCCAGGAAGGACUUGUUCAAGGAUACUUUAAGAAAAGCAGCGCAUGCGUGGAGGCGGAUCGUCGAGCUACGUCUUACAGAAGAGGAAGCUAAUUUGUUGAGGCUAUAUGUCGACCAGCCUGGUUAUGUUGAUCUGCAUUGGGGCAUGUUUGUUCCUGCUAUAAAAGGGCAAGGAACUGAAGAGCAGCAGCAGAAGUGGUUACCACUGGCUUACAAGUUCCAAAUAAUUGGGUGCUAUGCUCAGACUGAACUUGGUCACGGCUCAAAUGUUCAGGGCCUUGAAACAACUGCUACAUUUGAUCCAAAGACUGAUGAGUUUGUCAUCCACAGUCCAACUCUGACAUCUAGCAAAUGGUGGCCUGGUGGCUUGGGGAAAGCCUCCACUCAUGCAGUGGUGUAUGCUCGGUUGAUAACUGAAGGAAAGGACUAUGGCAUACAUGGUUUCAUUGUGCAACUGCGAAGCUUAGUGGAUCACUCACCGCUUCCUGGUGUUACCCUUGGUGAUAUUGGUGGAAAAUUUGGUAGCGGUGCUUAUAACAGCAUGGAUAAUGGUGUUCUGCGAUUUGAUCAUGUGCGCAUCCCAAGGGAUCAAAUGUUGAUGAGGCUUUCACAAGUUACAAGGGAGGGGAAAUAUGUUCACUCAGAUGUUCCAAAGCAGCUGCUUUAUGGGACAAUGGUUUUUGUUCGUCAGUCAAUUGUUGCAGAUGCUUCUAAGGCUUUGUCUCGCGCUGUUUGCAUUGCUGUACGAUACAGCGCAAUCCGAAAGCAGUUUGGCUCUCAAGAUGGUGGCCCUGAGACUCAGGUCCUUAAUUACAAGACUCAACAAAGCAGACUCUUUCCAUUGCUGGCUUCAGCAUAUGCAUUUAGAUUUGUGGGUGAUUGGCUCAACUGGCUAUACAUGGAUGUCACCCAGAAACUGGAAGCUAAGGACUUCUCGACACUGCAAGAAGCUCAUGCAUGUACUGCUGGUUUGAAGGCUGUGACAACAUCGGUAACAGCGGAUGCAAUUGAAGAAUGCCGAAAGCUCUGUGGUGGGCAUGGUUACUUGAACAGCAGUGGGCUUCCUGAAUUGUUUGCUGUUUAUGUUCCUGCUUGCACCUACGAAGGAGACAAUGUUGUUUUGCUUUUGCAGGUUGCACGUAUUCUAAUGAAGACUGUUUCUCAAUUGGCUUCUGGGAAGCAACCUGUUGGUACAAUGGCUUACAUGGGCAAAGUACAAUAUUUGAUGCAAUGCAAAUGUGCUGUCAAUACUGCUGAAGAUUGGCUUAACCCUGUUGCCAUACAAGAGGCAUUUGAAGCUAGGGCUCUCAGGAUGGUGGUAAACUGCGCCCAGAACGUAAGCCAAGCAUCAAGCCAAGAGGAAGGUUUCUACGAGAGGUCCCCAGAUUUGCUUGAGGCUGCGGUAGCUCACAUCCAGCUGAUCAUUGUAACCAAGUUCAUCGAGAAGGUGCAGCAGGACAUUCCUGGAGAUGGAGUGAAGGAACAGCUCCAGAACCUUUGCAAUGUUUACGCACUGUACAUUCUUCACAAGCACCUGGGCGACUUCCUGGCGACUGGGUGCAUCACACCGAAGCAGGGAGCGCUGGCAAACGAGCAGCUGGGCAAGCUGUAUGCGCAGGUGCGACCGAACGCUGUUGCGCUGGUGGAUGCGUUCAACCACACGGACCACUACCUGGGGUCCGUGCUGGGGCGGUACGACGGGAAUGUGUACCCGGCGCUGUACGAGGAGGCGUGGAAGGACCCUCUGAACGAGACGGUGGUGCCGGAGGGGUACCACGAGUACCUCCGCCCCUUGCUCAAGCAGCAGCUCAAGCUCUCCUCCAGGCUCUGAUUCUGCGCGUCUCUCCUCUGAAUGGAUGAACGAGGGGAAUAAGCCAGGAAAGAGGCAUUCUCGUAUGUCUGCGUGUGUAGUCAUUGCCUUAUGUGUAGGCACGCGAAUCAUAUGAUACGUUCAAUGCUCAAGUGCAUGAAGCAGUGGAACUCUGUCUGUAUCUGUCGAAGCUACUGUUGGUUGUUUACUUGUAUGUAACCUCCA